ACAACAUUUAUCCUAAUGAAAAAAGACCAGAUGUAUGAACAGUUGGUGGAGAAGAUGUACAGUAGAUGCCAACAAAUACAAGCGGAAAAUGAGCGCAGUGUAAUGAGAGUAAAUGGCAUAAAGAAAUUAUUACGUCGUCGCACAUAUGAUGUAGAGCUGUUAAAGCGGCGACUCGAUAGACAUGGCGACAACUGGCGUGCGGUCCCAAUGGUAGCUCCGCAACCAAAGGGAAAACCUGAACAAAAACGACGCGGUCCAAAGCCAAAGAGCAAACAAACAUCCGAGGAAGCUGGGACAGCUUAUGCACAACAUACAGAGGUCCGGAAACCCAGAAAACAACGUGUGAAAAAACAAACGACCACGACAGCACCAGAGCAGCAAUUAAUUAAGAUUUAAUUUAAUAUACG